CGCAGCACAGCCGCCGAAACUCGCGCUCACGCAAAAGCCCCCGUCGUCUUCACGCGAACGUUCGCGUGAAGUCACCCUCCGCUCACUUUACGCUCUCGACGCUCCGUUCGCGUCGCGCGCUCGAAGCUCUCGCGCUUCCGGCCCCCGCACGAUCUCACGCGUUUUUCUGCUUUACGCGUUAAAGCGCCGAAAGAAAUGACGUCCGCGGCUCCCGCUCUCGCGCCGCACCUCGCGAUGGAAGCGGCUCGACGACCGCACGCCGCGCGUCGUCUCGGUAUGAACGUCCCUCAGCCCGCGGUUCAGCGCUUCGACGUCCCGAGAGUCGCCGAAGGAGACCUUCAAGUUCGCGCGCUCGAGCUCGAGCGACGCCCUAAGGCCGCGCGAAGGCUCGGCUACGUCGCCUCAUUCGCCGAGCCGCGUGGUGCGUAUAUUCCUGACAAUUGGCGAAUAAAUCUCUCUCGAAGAUUUUUUUUUCGUUCCCUGAGGCUGACCCUCCCCCUCCUUCCGCCCGCAGACGUCCCGACGAUGAGCGCUCAAGACACGAACUACUACAAGAUGGAAGUCGACCGUCGCCAUAGGGCGGCGAAACGCAUCGGUGAGGUCCGUUACCUCUCCGUGGACGUCACCGAGCCGACCGCGUUCGCGCCGCUGCCGUUCGCGCGCACCGCGGCGGCGCUGAUGGAAAUCGAACGCAGACCGAAGGCGGCGCGACGCGUCGGGACGUUCCGCGCGCCCGCCCUCGCGGACGCGCCGCCGCCGCCCGCGAUGGCCGCGAUGGACACCGCCGCGUUCGCGAUGGAAGUAUCGCGCCGACGCGUCGCCGCUCGAAGAUCCGGGAUCGUGAAACUCCCGCGCCGCGCCUCGCCGAGAAAUCUCCCGAGCGUCGACGUCGCCGACACGGCGUUUUACGACAUGGAGCUCGACCGACGCCCGAGAGCGGCGGCGCGGCUCACGACCAAGGCUUCCGGUCCUACUUCCGCGCCGCUGGACGCGUUCGCGGAGCUCUCGAAGAUCGCCGCGGACGAUCUCAUGAAGCGACGGGCCCCGUCGGCGUUCGACGACGCGUCCUUCGACAAGUCCAACCCGAGCCGCGGCGCGAGCGCGACGGCGCCCAACCCGUUCGCGUCCUUGGAGCGCAUGCUCGAGUCCACCCUGGACAUCUCCGGGUCGAAGUCGCGCGGGUCUUCCCUGCGAGGCGCGGACAACUUCAACACCACCGCCACGGGCGGUGGCGUGCGAAGACAAAACUCGAGCACGCACCUUCGCCGCGUCGGAAGCAACGCGUCGAUGGGCGUCAACAACGUCGUGCAACACCGCCCGGGGAGGCACGUGCACUGCGACGAGGAGGGCGAAUCCGGCGACGUCGUGUGCGUCUUGUACGGCGCGGACGACGAGCCCGAGGACGUCGUAAUGACCGUCCCGCGCGAGCAGCUCGAGGAACAGAUGCGUCGCAUGGCGGCGGCGACGAGCCACUGA